AGGGGCAGGAAACUGCGCCAAAUGGCUGGCGCACUGGCGCGUGCGCACUGGCGGCUUUUACAGCCGGCUUCGCCGCGCAAGGAGUGAGAGGCGCCCGUGCGCCCCUCGGGCCCAGGGAGGACCUUGACGUCGCGGGGCCGGCUGCUUAGCCGGCCGCACUAGCAGAAACCAUGACAACUUCAGGAAAAGAGAACUUUCGACUGAAGAGCUAUAAGAACAAGUCUCUGAAUCCUGAUGAAAUGCGCCGCCGGCGUGAGGAAGAAGGCCUUCAGCUACGGAAGCAGAAACGAGAGGAACAGUUGUUUAAACGUAGAAAUGUUGCCACAGCUGAUGAAGAAGCUGAAGAAGAAGUUAUGUCAGAUGGCGGAUUCCAUGAAACUCAGAUCAAUAACAUGGAAAUGACUUCUUUGCAGAAUGCGGUGAUCACAUCUGAUAUGACUGAGAUGAUUUUCUCUAAUAGUCCUGAACAGCAGCUCUCAGCCACCCAGAAAUUCCGAAAACUUCUCUCAAAAGAACCAAAUCCUCCUAUAGAUGAGGUCAUCAGUACACCAGGUGUAGUGCCCAGGUUUGUAGAGUUCCUCAAACGGAAAGAAAACUGCACUUUACAGUUUGAAGCUGCCUGGGUGUUGACUAACAUUGCCUCCGGAAAUUCCCUUCAGACUCGGAUUGUGAUCCAAGCAGGAGCUGUUCCUAUUUUCAUAGAGCUACUCAGCUCAGAAUUUGAAGAUGUGCAAGAACAGGCUGUUUGGGCUCUUGGCAAUAUUGCAGGGGACAGUACUAUGUGCAGAGAUUAUGUGCUGGACUGCAACAUCUUACCCCCUCUAUUGCAAUUGCUUUCCAAACAGAAUCGUCUUACCAUGACUCGGAAUGCUGUGUGGGCACUCUCUAACCUUUGCAGAGGAAAGAAUCCUCCUCCAGAUUUUGUUAAGGUGUCACCCUGUCUGAGUGUGCUCUCAUGGCUGCUGUUUGUCAAUGACACCGAUGUUCUAGCAGAUGCAUGUUGGGCACUCUCAUACUUGUCUGAUGGACCCAAUGAUAAAAUCCAGGCUGUGAUUGAUGCAGGAGUAUGUAGGAGACUUGUGGAACUGCUCAUGCACAAUGACUACAAAGUGGUAUCUCCUGCCUUGCGAGCAGUUGGGAACAUUGUAACAGGGGAUGAUAUCCAGACCCAGGUAAUACUGAAUUGUUCAGCCCUGCAGAGUUUAUUACAUUUGCUUAGCAGUCCUAAAGAAUCAAUUAAAAAAGAAGCAUGUUGGACAAUUUCAAAUAUCACAGCUGGAAACAGAGCCCAGAUUCAGACUGUCAUAGAUGCCAACAUAUUCCCAGCUCUAAUAAAUAUUUUGCAAACUGCUGAGUUUCGGACAAGAAAAGAAGCCGCUUGGGCUAUUACUAAUGCAACAUCUGGUGGCUCUGCUGAGCAGAUCAAGUAUCUGGUAGAACUUGGCUGUAUCAAACCGCUCUGUGACCUCCUUACAGUGAUGGACUCAAAGAUUGUGCAAGUGGCACUUAAUGGGCUUGAAAACAUCCUGAGACUUGGUGAACAAGAAGCCAGGCGAAGCGGUACUGGCAUUAACCCAUACUGUGCUCUCAUUGAGGAAGCCUAUGGCCUGGAUAAGAUUGAAUUCCUGCAGAGCCAUGAGAACCAAGAAAUCUACCAGAAGGCCUUUGAUCUGAUUGAGCACUACUUCGGGACAGAGGAGGAGGACAGCAGCAUUGCCCCACAAGUAGAUAUUGGCCAGCAGCAGUACAUCUUCCAGCAGUGUGAGGCUCCCAUGGAAGGCUUCCAGCUGUGAGGUGCUCCUGUGCACUGUGUUGUACUGCCCAUCUAGUCCUGUUGUAGAGCUCUGAGUUGCCCACAGAGUGGUCCUGUUUUCCAUAAACCUGUGUGAGCUCAUUUGCUUGCUUCGCACACACGCUUCCUUAAACACAACUGGAAAACAUUUGGCUCUUUGUUGUUGGAUGCCACUUUGGUAAGGGCUUACCGUAACUGCUGUGCCCAUCUUGCCAGAGGUUGGGCACUUCUGUAAAGAUGUCAGUUUUUCCAAAUGAAGUACACACUAAAGUGGUGUGAUCCUAGAUUCUAAAACAAGGGUGGAGUUUCCUUUGUGUGUCUGUAUGUGUGUUGCAGUGUUCUUGCUAUCUACAGAAAAGGAUUUGAGAGAGACUUCCUUUCUGUGCACUACUUGGGUGCCUGUCUAAUUUGAUGCUCACACAGAAUUGAGUGGUGGUGGUUCUUUGUGUAGCAGCUUGGGUUCCUGUUGAUAUACAUGCCUAUCAAGAGAUAAUGGAAUGAGCUCUCCGUUCCCUGCACUUAUAGCCACCAAUGAAUAAGCUGCUCCAGAUUCUAGGAACACUGAACAAUUGACAACCAGCAGACUUCCUAUGCUGCCAUUUUGACUGCAUGGGAUUUGUUCUCUUCUGUCUGCACAAGGAAUAGGGAAGUGGCCCGUCUUUCUGUACCUUCCCAGUGGCAGCCAGUGCUUUUGUGAAGAUGUCUGAAAUUGUGUCAGGGAUAGAGGAACUGUUCCUGUUCAUCUGCCACAGCAUAAAUUGGCUCUCUUACAGACUGAAUCUUUUCAUGUUUUGAAAUUGAUGCUCAUUAAUAUUGUUACAGCUGAGAAAUCUACACUUGAGUUUUUGAAAACAGCUUGGUUGAACAGGGCUGUGUAAAUCCCCUUUUGUUGUAAACUCUUAAUCUGCUACAAUAUUGAGGAAAGGAAGAUACUGGCUCUGUGGGUUGCAUCUGCUUUCAUGAACUAUAGCUUCUAAGAAAGGACACCUGGAUUCUAGCAGCUUCAUUAAAAGCCACGCAAAACCCUCUGUCUAAUGAAAUCACACCCUCCUGAGUAAGGCCUGCACUUCAGUUGUGAAAUCAUCUGCUUAAUAUUCUUGCCUCACACCUCUCAUUUAAUCCUCUGGUGAAAUACCGGCACUUCAACUUCCUGCAACAGCCAAGAGCGUCAUUGCACUGUUUUCACGUAUUUGUAGAAUGCCUCUUUCACGAGCACCAAGAUCGUGGCUCUCCAGUACGCUUGGAUUUAAGGCAUUGGAUAUAAAUGCCAGCUGUUCUGAUCAUCUUCUCCCAACCCAAUGCAGCAUAGUCUUAACUUAACAUGGCAUCAGCCACUAUCAGCAAUGUUGUUCACUCUUUGUGAAUGCAUGGAUAUUGCAGGGGGCUUCUACCCUUUCCUGAUUUGGGUGGUCCUUUUAGUCAAUUUGACUUUCCAGAACAGACCUUUCAUUACAAACAUUUUGAAUUCUAGAAUCAAUUCUGCUGACAGAUCCUUCAUGUUACAAUUAACAAAAGACAACUGAUGUCGUCCACAACAAAAUGUACUUUGUCAAAAUAUUAGGUCUGGUCUCACCAGCGUUCUGUGUGACUGACCCUUCCACUGAACACUUUGCAUCUCUGUCUGUGCUUUUAUAGGAAAAUCCUCACAGCUGCCACUUGUGUCCAUUCAUCAUCAGCCUCCAUUCCCAAAGUUACUUUAUUUAGUAUUGCCCUGCUUUAUGCUAAAAAAGCAUUUUAUGUUUCCAUUGUCAACAUCUAUUGGACUUCAGCUGUUUAUAAUAUGAGAAUUUUAAAAUUGGGACUGAGCUCACAUUGGGAGCAGGAGUGGCGAAUGUGUUUUGCAAUAAGAUUAUUCCCCAUUUUUGGCAAUUGUUUUGGGGAAAGGAAAACCAGGCAAAAUAUGUUGGCCUCAUGUGAGGGUAGGAACCCGUGGUUACUCUGAUUUGGCACAGUAAGGGCAUCAUGUAAGCAAAUCUGGUUAUAUAAUGAUGUGAAAUUAUAAUGCUGCCUAUGGGGUCCCUAUGUGGCUGGAUUUGCCUUGGGGAAAAGUCCCCGUUUAACAAGGAAAAAAGGCAUCAAAACUGCAUAUGGGACAAAGCAGCAACAAACAGGAAGUAAACAAUGCACAAGAAAGGUGAGCGAGGAGUGGGGGGGGGGAAACAGUCAUGGGGUAUUUUGUGGACAAAAAUGCAGCCCAGCCUGUUUUUUUUUUAUUUUAAUUGGGUUAAUCUUUAAAACAGCUUCAAUGUUGCCUUUACAUCCCAUAGUAAACCAUGUUUCUUUAAGGGUGGUAGAAGCACUGAUGAAUAGCAAUCUUGUUUCAGCUUCCAGGGUUUUUUUGUGGCUGAGUUUUUUAAAGUGUAAAUUACUGAUGACAUGUCAUUUCUAUAAGAUUUGUUUUAAAUAAUGUACUUUAAUGAAUAGGUUUUUUUUCAUGGGGGAAGCUGCAUAUUUUGUAAGCCAACUUCAGUGAAGGGUGCAUGUGAUACAGAAACGUCUCACAUACAGAAACACUGAUAGUGUGUAUGUGUGUGUACCUAAAGUAUAUAUGCACAUACACACUCCUCCAGUGUGUGUGCUAAUGUGUAUGUAUAUAUGUAUAUUUACACACAUCCUAUAUCUUUCUCACACUGAAAGUUUUUCCCCCAAGCUAGUGAGAACGUGGUGCGUUGGUGUUCCUGCUAGGAAAUAAUGAAUUCUCUCUUUAAAGGAGUGAAUUAAACCAUAAAUACAUACAAAUGAAA